AUGGCCGCGACACGAGACCCCUACCAAGUCAUCGCUCAACGCAAACAAGCCGCUCGCUCUCAGCUUAUCCCCAAAGAAUGGCUAAUUCCAGAGUCAUCUCUCAAGGAUUACACCUCCAGUCCCACAGCCAGUGUGCUCGACGUUCCCAAGGACUGUGGCAUAAUGACCACCCACGAACUGGAUAUUACCGAGAGCCAUGAUGCGGUGGAUCUGCUAGAGAUGUUGAAGAAAGGGCCUUCCCAAGGAGGCUACGGCGUCGAAGAGGUCAUGACAGCUUUCUGCAAAAGGGCUGCAAUCGCUCAGCAGGUGACCAAUUGCCUGACCGAAAUCUUUUUCGAUGCCGCCAUCGAACGAGCCAGGAAGCUCGACUCUGAGCGAGAAAAGAAUCCAACGCAGACUCUUCCACCUCUUUGGGGUCUUCCGAUGUCAUUGAAAGAUAGCUUCAAAAUCCCCGGGUUUGACGCAACCAUUGGACUCGUUCAUUUUGCCGACCAACCAUGCGACGAGUACUCAGCCUUGCCCAAGCUGUUGUUCGAGCUCGGCGCCGUCUUUUAUUGCAAGACCAAUGUCCCACAGACCAUGAUGACGGCCGACUCCGAAAACAACGUCUUCGGUCGGACCAUGAAUCCUCACAACAGAGCGUUGACAGCCGGAGGCAGUUCAGGAGGAGAAGGUGCCCUAAUCGCCAUGCGAGGAAGCAUCAUCGGUAUAGGCACCGACAUUGCAGGCAGCAUUCGCAUUCCAAGCCACUGUUGUGGAAUAUACGGUUUCAAACCGUCUGCCAACAUCGUACCAUAUGCGGGCCAACAGAGUCCAGUGGCUAAAGGCAUGCCCGGUAUAUUGCCCGUAGCAGGUCCCAUGGCGACGAGUAUGAGGAGUUGUGAAUUCAUGAUGAAGACCAUCAUGAGCAAUCAACCUUGGAAAGUGGACGUUGACUGCCUUCAUAUUCCGUGGCAGGGCUUGCAGGCGCCCAAUGGAGGCAAACUGAGAAUUGGAGUCCUCGAAGACGAGGAGAUGUUCACUGCCACACCGCCUAUGAGGAGAGCUCUCCGUCAGGCAACGGAUAAGCUGCAGAAAGCAGGGAUGGAGCUGGUGGAGGUCAAAUUGCCCAAUGUUGCUCAGGAUAUUGGGACAGUCUGGACCUCGUUUUCAUGGGAAGGCUCCAAGACCGUGCUGGAUUACAUCUCCUCUGCCGACGAGCCUCUCGUCGAAUCAGUCAAACGGAUCGGUUUGGUAGCUAUGCCGUCGAAGUCAUUGCAAGACCUCUUCUCCUGGAAUGUUGCGCGGCAUAAAGCAGAGACAGCCUAUAGAGAUGUGUGGCUGGAGAACAAGCUGGAUGCAGUCAUCAAUCCAUUGGCACCACACACGGCCACUCCACUGGACUGCUGGGCCGCCGUGGCACAAGCAUUGUGGAACUUUGUAGAUUAUCCGUCUUGUAUCAUCCCCACCGGUAAGGUCGAACCAGGAGAUGUGGUCGACCACGCAGCCAAGUAUGGAGAGAACGAUGAGAAGGUGUACGCCAUGUAUACCGGUCCGGAUGAUUACCGAGGCGCUCCAACCACUGUCCAGCUCAUUGGUAUGAAGCAGGAGGAUGAGAGACUGGCUGUCAUGGCGCGGAUCGUUGACCAUGUCCUUAAUGGUCAAUAG